AUGUACUUUGCAGAGCACAGGUUCUUGGGAGACUCGGUGGAUAUCCAUCAGUCUUCAGCGGAGGAUCCAAAGAGUCCCAAUGGACACACUGCGUCCACAAUGCAUCUUACCAACGGUCUUGCUGUAUCUUAUGGCGAAAUCAAUGGCCUCGCUGGAGAUUACUUUGGCUUGGACAAGCCCAUCUCAUCUGAACCCAACCAUGAGCAGAUGAAGAAGAUGUUCCGUCGCUGGUUCGAUAUGCUUGACUUCUCUCCCGCCGGAAAACUCAAGGCAGAGGCUAUCAGGAAAGAACUUAACAGCACCAACGAAAAGGCUCUAGCUGUUAUGAGCGCCAAUUCGGACAAUGCCGCCGAUGAGCUUGCAGCUGUAUACAAGAACAACCCUCUUGACAUUACUCAUCUUGAAGAUGUUUCCAAGGAUAUGAGGUGGGCCAUUGGCUCUACCUUUAUGCAACUUCUCGAGGGCAAUGUUGAUCAUUUUGCCGCUGAAGCUCGGGCUACCUAUGACGCAGGCCAUGCCGUCGCUCUUGAGUUAGCUGCAGAGGGUCAUCUAGACAUUGCUCUUGCUGUCAAUGGCUUCGCAGACCAUUUCUUGGAAGACUCUUUUGCUGCUGGGCACAUUCGUGUUCCACGUCGUGAAAUCGCAGAAAUCGCCAAAACCAAUCCGAUUUCAAUCCCAAGCUUCUCCAAGAUCAUAAACGCUUCUUCCAAUGUCAUGCACAACGAAGACGGCGAGCUUGGUCUCUGGCUCGAAAGCCCAUCCGGCGAAAAGUGGAAAUCUUUUGGAGACGGUAGACUUCCUGGCAAAGACAACUCUUCGAACGCAACGACAACCAACCUUGAUCAAUGCCUCAAAGCUGUGAAGCAGUCGAUCGCAGAAGUCCAUGAUGCCUACAACAAUAAAAAGGUUAUACAGCCAUCUGAGUUUGCGGCAUGGCAUCAUGCUCCCAUCAUUGCCAAGGUCUCUGAACAUCCACAGAAUCACGCACCCCUCCUCAAGGUCCAGGAAGGUCAGCUAAUGCGAAGGGUCGGAGGUGUAUCAUCUAGUAACUACAAAUUGACUAGAGAUUUGGGAGAAUGGGUGGAAUUCUGGACGGAGAACUUUGCUCAAGUUGAGGAUCAGGUCAAAUUGAUGAUAUCCAAGGUUUGGGGCCGGGCUUUUGGAUGA